AGCAACGCCGUUCGAGAAGGCGCGUCUCAGUUACCAGCAGUGUGCGCGCUGUCUCAGGGUUCUAUGUUUCCAUGGCGACGCAGGAUGUAAAUAUAGCUGUGGUUUGAGCUGCAAUCGAAAUCACUGGAGACAGGGAUACCCUCCCAGGGGGUGAAUCCUCCAUGGUAUAAUGCCUACUAAAAGUGCCAAAUCCAAAGGUUCCGGCAAAUCCUCCGGCAAGGCCAAGAAGUCUAAGAAAUCUAAGAAGUCAAAAAAAAGCAAAACACCCAAACAAGAGGUUGAUAUACUCAGUCCAGCUGCCAUGUUAAAUGCUUACUAUAUCUCCCAUAAUGCCGUGGACUGUUUGGAAUUCCGGGGCUUCAGCUGGCCUGGGGCACCCAAAAAAAAGGGGAAGAAAGGAAAGAAAAAGUAGUCUACAGAUAUUGAAUAUGCCAUCUUUCUGAACAUCUGAAGUUUUCAUGUACAGUAAUACUAAGAAACUGUUAAUUCUUGUUAAUUGCCACCUAGAUGCAAGGGACUUUGGUGCCAAACACCAUACCAAAAUCCAUUUCCGUAAUUACUGCAAUAAUAAAUUGUAGAUUUCAGCAGCA